AUUGCUAUAGGAUACACGUGAAAACGCGGCCAAGGCAGGGCCUCACGCUCGCGACAGUAUUAGGUUCAGCUGGGACUCCCAUUAAAGCCUCCACUCCCGACCCUGAAAAACGAGGGCUGGGCAGCUAGCUAGGGGUUGGAGGUGGGGGUUCCAGCCGCGGCCGGCCAUGGCGGACGAUUUGAAGGAGCGCACCACACGCCUGCUCACCGACUACUUGGAGUGCUGCGCCCGCGAGCCCGGCACUCCCGAGCCGCAGCCCUCCACGCCCGAGGCGGCCGUGCUGCGCUCCGCGGCCGCCCAGCUGCAGCGCAUCCACCGCCCCUUCUUCUCCGCCUACCGCGGCUACCCGGGCAACCGCGUGGAGCUAAUGAUGCGCGUGGUGGAGGCCGUGCUCCCCGACGGCCACGACCUCAGCUGGGGCCGCGUGGUGACGCUCGUGACCUUUGCCGGGACGCUGCUGGAGAGAGGGCCGCACUUGACCACCACCCGGUGGCAGAGAAGGAACGAAAUUGCCCGGGACUGCCAGCGCCUCGUGACCUUGCUGUGCACUCGGCUCACAGGGCAGUACCGUGCCUGGCUGCAGGCUCAAGGAGGCUGGGACGGCUUCUGUGCCUUCUUCAGGACCCCCUUACCACUGUCUUUCUGGAGAAGAGUGCUGGUCCAUGCAUGUCUGUCCUGCUUGCUGGCUACAGCCUUAAUCUACCUCUGGACACGCGUUCUGCAUCAUGCGAUGUAAGCAUUUUAGCCCAUUUCUACCUGUCAAACUGUGGCCAACCCAGUGGAGACUGAAGACAUGAGAAGGAGGCAAGCAUUUUGCCGAGACAUAGCUGCCUCCUUGCAUGUGAGUCUUGGGGCCGUGGUGUGGCCAGUGUCUUAACUCAUGGCAAGAACACAGAGGCACUGGCGAAGAGUAGUCCCUUGAGCAAAGGAGAUGGGGAGUCCAGAAGCUCUAGAACAAACUGCAUUCCAUCCUGUAGGAAAUCAGGUGCCAUCUGCUAUAUUUCAGUACCUCUUCCAUCUCUCCAUGAUUUUAUGUGCUGCUGCUGCUGAUUCAGGGCAAACGGU